AUGGUGACUCCUUUUAUGUUUAUCGGAGCUAAUCUUUUGCUCUUUUUGCCGUUUACUAUUUCGCCGGCAGUACCUGACAGCAUUCAUCAAUUCGAUUCAAUCACUGAUGGCAAAACCUUGGUUUCAAGAGGGGGAAUCUUUGAGCUGGGUUUCUUCAGUCCAGGCAAUUCCAGUAAUAGCUAUUUGGGAAUUUGGUACAAGAACAUCCCUGUCAGAACUGUUGUUUGGGUUGCAAACCGAUGCAGUCCAAUUGUUGACUCAUCUGGUCUCUUCACCAUAAACAGCACAGGCAAUCUUGUAAUAUUGGGUCAGAAUAGGAGUGUGGUUUGGUCGACAAUCUCGGUAAAUUUAAAGCGACAUCUGAAUCCAUUGGUACAGAUCCUAGACUCUGGAAAUCUUGUCAUAAGAGAGGAGAAAGAUGAAAAUCCAGAAGCUUAUCUGUGGCAAAGCUUUGAUUAUCCAUCUGAUACAUUGUUACCAGACAUGAAGAUGGGAUGGAACUUAAGGACAGGUCUUAAAAGGGGUCUAUCAGCAUGGAGGAGUCCAGAUGAUCCAUGUCUUGGGAAUUUCACUUAUGGGAUUGAACUAGGACCUCUUACAUAUCCUGAAGGAUAUAUCAGGAAAGGCAAUGCAAAGUACUAUCGUACGAUUCGAUGGGAUGAUUUUAGAUUCAGUGAUUCACCAGGACUGCCUCUUUAUGAUUUUUACUUUGUUAUUAACGAUGAUGAAGUGUAUUAUAUGUACAGCCUCGUGAAUAACUCUCUCCUAGCAAGAAUGGUUCUGAACCAAACAUACAGUUUGAGCAACCAUUCUGUAUGGAUUGAAGCAAAAUGA